AUGCAACUUUCCAAAUUGGCCGUCCACCCGGACGAUGCUGACAUCUUGCUCAAGGAAAGAAACACCUUGGACCCGGUCGUCAUUGACAAAUACAGAGCAGCAGGUAAAAUUGCCCAAACCACUCUCAAAUACAUAAUACAGCUCAUCAACGACUCGUACCACUUACAGAAAACCGAGCAGCCAUACACGGUCACCGAGCUCUGUCUUUUGGGUGACUCGAUGUUGGCCAAAUUGCUUGCUCAGAGUUACACCAAGAAGGACAAGGUCAGAGAGAAGGGUAUUUCUCACCCAGUUUCCAUUGAUGUGAACGAGUACGUCAACAACGUUUCUCCAGAACUCUAUUCCGAUGAUGUCAAGACAUUUGCAGCUGGCGAUGUUGUCACCAUUUCGCUUGGUGCUCAGAUCGAUGGUUACACCGCAUUGGCAUCCCACACUAUUGUGAUCUAUCCUCCAGGAGUGUUGAUUGACAACGAGUUGAAGCCUGAGGGUCCUCUUUUAGGCAGCAAGGCUGAUGCCAUUGUUGCUUGUAGCAUUGCCACUCGUGCCGUGAUUGCCCUUUUGGGUCUCGCUGUGCACCCCGAGAUGAUUGCAUGGAUUCCCGAGUUGCAGAACCAGUCCAACAUCAUCACCGGUUCCAUGAUCCGUUCUGUUGUCGACGAAAUUGCCCGCUCAUUCCAGUGUGUGGUUGUUCCAGGUUCUAAAGUCAGAAGAGUCCGUCGUUUCUUGGCUGGUCAGGCCGAAGGUGUCGUGGCUGAGAGAGAGUUCAAGGGUGUUGUCUGGGACGAGAGCAACCAGGAAGAGGACCUUCUCAAGAAGGGUUCCGGAUCUGAUUUAAUUGUGCAUGAUGGAAGACCAGCUUCCUCCACCGAUGUUUCUUCGGCUGUUCCAACCGACGAUUUCGUUGUCGAGGCUGGUGAGGUCUACAACGUCGAUUUGACCUUCUGUGGUGUCUCUGAGUUUGAGGAGCAAGGUCUUAUCACCUUGGAGCUUGCAGAUGAGCCCGUCUCCACCGUCUUCAUCCGUGACAUUGCCAUCACCCAUGCAUUGAGAUUGAACUCUGCCAGAGACUUGAUCAACUACGUUGACAGAAACUGUUCCGUGUACCCAUUCAAAUUGUCUCACACUUGUGAAGCCUUCCCUUUGAAGCCUGAGCAGGACAACCUUCCGGAACAAAUCGCCGCCAUUAAGAAGGAGCUCAACGCUCGUAAGAUCGGUUUGCAUGAAUUGACCAACAGAUACUUGGCCAGACCCAAGCCUGUUCAAUUGGCCAAACACAUUCCAUUCUCCACGAUAUUGUCUGCCUCGAACCCUACCGGUAAGCACGGUGUUGAUGCAUCGAAGUUGACUUUGCCGGGCAAGGAGCUUCCUUUGCCAGCCUUGGGUGUCAGUGCUUUGAAGUUGAAGUCUCUUUUCAAGUUUGGUGCUGCUGCCACUGCCACAGCUAGAGAGAGUUCCACAGUGUUGUUGAACUCUGUCACCAAGGAGAUCAUCAAACUUACUGGAGGUGAUGCUACCGCCAGACCAUCUUGGGUGCAUUCCAAAUACCAGGUCAGUGACCAGGUUGCUGGUUUGUUGACUGCUUUGUCCAAGCUUGUUGAUGAGACUGCGGAAUUCAAGGUUUCAGAGGUUCAACCAAUGAACUUGGAUGCUGGUCAGAUCUCGAGCGAGGAGAAGAUGCAGCUUGAUUAG